UCACUCAAAUACGAAUGGACUUCAUAGAAUUUAUGAGCAUGAAGGCGCCUCGUGUGGCCGCUCGGCCAGUAAUGUGCCCUCACUCAACAUGGCCGCCGCUCAGCCUCCUUCUCAGUCACGUGAGGCAGGGACACGGCGACUUCCUUCCGGGUUUGAGGGGCGCAGGCGCAUUGAGACGAGGAUCUGCUGCGAGUGGCAGGGAAGAUGGCACUGAGGGCGUGUGGAUUAAUCCUCUUCCGGAAAGUUCCACCGGCGAGCGACAUCGAAUUCCUCUUACUGCAGACUUCUUAUGGGACACAUCACUGGACUCCACCCAAAGGCCACGUGGACCCUGGUGAGGAUGACAUGACUACGGCUCUGCGGGAAACUGAAGAAGAGGCGGGCCUACACGCCGGCCAGUUCACCGUGGUGGACGGAUUUCGUAAGGAAUUAAAUUACAACGUCAAAAACAAAGCAAAGACUGUCAUCUACUGGCUGGCGGAGCUGAGAGACCCCGGCGCACAAGUGAAACUCUCCCAUGAGCAUCAAGACUUCCGCUGGCUGCCGCUACGAGAGGCCUGUGAAUUCUCGGGGUAUCAGGAUAUGCAGGACACACUGAACGAUGCCUAUCGAUUCCUGCAGGGGGACCCCAAACAAUGAGCCAGCCUCCAGCAACUCUUCCUUUGCAGUGGCUGGGUCAAUAAAGCUGAAGCUUAUUAUUCC